AUGGGUCGUCCUGAGUUUAGCUUGUCGCGGUCCUACAGUAUUAGAACUCAACAAAGGGAGGGACCAGAUAUUGUUUUACCAGUUCAACAAACCAGUGUAUCGAUCCAACAAACCGGGGUUCCCGUCAGUCAAUUCGCGCCCGCCCCCCCAGGUUAUCAUCAAGCUAACGUUGAUAUAUCGGUUGGGACUCCAUGGAGGACGGGUUUGUUUGACUGUCAGGAAGAUCAAACUAAUGCCGUGAUGACAGCAAUUUUACCAUGUGUGACAUUCGGACAAAUAGCUGAGGUGAUGGAUGAAGGAGCGAUGACUUGUCCUCUUGGAAGUUUCAUAUACUUGUUGAUGAUGCCAGCUUUGUGCUCACAGUGGGUGAUGGGAUUAAAGUAUAGGGAAACAAUGAGGAGAAGAUUUAAUCUUGUGGAAGCUCCAUACUCAGAUUGUGCCACUCAUGUCUUAUGCUCUUGUUGCUCUCUUUGUCAAGAAUACAGAGAGCUCAAGGCUAGGAAUCUUGAUCCUAUUUUGGGUUGGAAUGGGAUACUUGCUCAAAGGCAAGGACAACAUGAGAGUGGUGACGCACCAAGCUUUGCUCCACCAAAGCAAUAUAUGUCUAAGUAA